AUGACUCUUAAAUCAACGAUAUUGAUGACUGAUGGAAUAAUAGGUGAAAUAGAUAGAAAUAUGUUUAGAAAAUUACAAAAAUUAGAAAGAAUUGAAUCAAAUUUAGAUUAUAUAGAAUCUAGAAUUUCAAAAAUAACAAUUGUCUCUUACGAACAGUCUAUCAAAGAAAUAAAAGAUGAUUUAAAACGUAUUUCAAGCAAAAUUGAAGCAAUGGAUGCUUAUUCACGAUUUUACUUGCAGUUUUUAUUUUAUUUAAAACCGAUUAAUGGUCACGUUCUUCAAAAAUAUCUUCCUCGUCAGAUAAAAUAUGCUUCAUUAUCCACAAGUUUUACAAAUACAAGCCGGUUAGAGUCAUAUCAGGAAAGAUGCAUGGAUACACAAUUAAAAGAAUCAGAUACCUAUAUUAUCAAUGCAAAGAGUAAAAUUAAAGAAGAGCGGGACUAA